AAUUUUCAUAAACUAUACGAAGUUCUAACUCCAUCAUGAGAAUACUCUGCCUUCACGCUGAUAGCCAGAAUCAGGCAAUCUUAAAAUCAGAAUUAGCUUCUUUACUACCAAAGUUGCAACAUUCAAACCCAACCCUCUUGUUUGAAUUUGUUAACGGCCCUUUGCAAUAUUCAAGCUUACCAGCGGAAAACUCAUCGCCCCAUGAGAUACAUCGCUAUAAGUUUUACGAGGCUGAAGAAGUCGAAGAUAUUCGUAAGGCUAGCGAGUGGCUAGCUACAAAGUUAGACAAUGAUGGACCCUACGAUGGCGUCUUAGCAGUUUCUCAAAGCGCCGCUGUUGUUUCCAGCUUCUUAUUAUAUCGGCAGUGGUAUGAUCAUGAGUUACCGCCAGCGUUUAAAUUCGCCAUUUUCAUCGACGGAAGAAUUCCGCUCAAGAUUCUAAAGGACCUCGGAGUGCCUGUCUCGAACGAGGCAGAAGGUGUAGUAGCGGAAGCAAAACUGCAGCGAGACCGAGGCCUUGGUCCUUUACCAACUCAUACGACUAACGCGCGCCGGGCAGUGUUCAACUCAGACGAUUGUUUUGGGUUAAACCUGAACAGAAUUCCGCUGGAGCUGAAGAUAAGAAUACCGACCGUACACGUAUGGGGUGAGAAUGACCCUUUGUUUCCGACUUCAGUUCAACUCACGGGGCUCUGCGACCCAUAUAUUAGAAAGAUACAAAUACAUAAAGGGUCUCACGAAAUGCCCCGCGAUGAGGACGAAUUAUCGGAGUUGGUAUCACUGAUUGAGUGGUGCAUCCAGCGUGCGACAUGGCCUGGUCAAAUGCAAUUAUAGAAUUUUAUUGAUCGGGACUGGUAUGAUGGCGAAAUUGUAGACGAUGGUUUUAUAGCACUUCAUGAUUUGAUUCAGCGGGAUGAUAGUGUCGCAUACAUAAAACAUUGUUAAACGUUCUUCGUAGAAUUCCCCUUUAACACAAUUUGUUGCGUGGCAUGUGAUAGGAAACUGAUGGAUGGGAGUAAUGACUCCCUUGUCUCAGCCUAGAUCGUCAUCCGAGUCACCCCAACACAACCCGAAUGAUCUCUGACUUAACGAUCUUAAGGGGUAUAUGGUCGUUGUAUUUCAAUUGUACUCUUUUCGUUUAUCCAUCUCUCUUUAGUGGUUUUCUUUUAUCUA